GGAGAACGCCAGAGUGCUUAUUUUUAUUUACAUCCUUGUUUAUAGUAUUUGAGCUUGUACGCACUGUAUGUUCCUAUAAUGUAUUUGAGGGUUACAACGCCACAGUUUUUGCUGUUUAAAGGCAUAAAUGGCAUCCGUGCAUUGUCUUCAGACGCUAGUAGUAUAUUAGAUAAUGUUCGGAGCAGCGAGACUGUCGAAACAGUUCCCAUUGUAACACCAAGAACUCUGAAUUUUCCACCGCGUUUUGAGAAGCCAAGAGAAGCAUGGGUGGAAAAUAUGGACACUGUUGAGGAACGAAAAUUGGGAAUUAUAAACCUUCAUCCAGAAGUUUUUGGUGCACCUCCGAGGAUAGAUCUCAUACAUGAAAAUGCAAGGUGGCAGCGAAUGUACAGAUUUGUUAGCUACGCACACACGAAGACUAGGGCAGAAGUUCGUGGAGGCGGUCGGAAACCGUGGCCUCAGAAAGGACUGGGAAGAGCUCGACAUGGUAGUAUACGAUCGCCCAUAUGGAAAGGCGGUGGUGUUGCACAUGGACCACGAUCUCCGACGCCACACUUUUAUAUGUUACCAUUUUACACAAGAAUACAUGGAUUGAUCAGUAUGUUGUCAGUGAAACUUGCACAGAUUGGAUAUUAUGCCCAGGAAUAUUACAGCAGCAACAGAUGCGAUUAAUCAUGUCAAUCUGAUGCCUGCUUACGGUCUCAACGUUUACAGUAUGUUAAAACACAACACACUUGUGCUUACAUUGGCAGCAGUGAAUCAUAUUGAAGAGAAACUACUUUAUCAUAUUCACAGAAGCGAUAGUCGGCAUAUGAACAAGAAGUUCAGAAUUGGUCAAGUUGGAUAAAUAUUACCAAACAAAAAUUUUACAGAUUGAAUAAUGAGAAUCUGUGAUAGCUGGGCAAUUUAAGUUUAAUUGUGAAAUUUUGACUAUAUUUAUUACUGGCUACUGUAUCAGAAGUUAUGUACGUAUCUCUGUCCAUAAGAGUGAAAUAAAUGUUAAUUUUUGCUA